AUGGAAGCUUCAACUCCAUUCUCAAACAUACAUAAUGAAAUCAUUCGGCAUAUACUUUUGCAGUUGCCGAUGAAGGCUGUGAUCCGGUGCCAGUGCGUAUGUAAACAGUGGCGUUCGUGGAUAGACGACUCAGAUUUCAAGCUCUCGUAUCGUGGAAAACGACGAGUGAUCAUCGUAUCCCACGAACCCAAAAACCAGGAUUAUAACUGGAAUUCCAGAUUCUUAGUUAGAUCCACAAGCCAUGGUUCUUGUUUUCAAAGGCAUAAAUUGCCGUUCGGAGAGGCUGCUUAUCCAUUGAUUCGUGCAAGCAACGAAUUUCCUGUUAGAUCUUUGUGUUCUUGCAAUGGGUUUGUGCUUCUGCUUCUGAUAGCUGAGAGAUAUAUUUUGUUGUGGAACCCGUUCACCAGGUGUUUGACGAAAGUGCUCCAGUUGCCAUAUCCGAAAGAGUCAAAUAUUGUUAUCCUUGGAGGGCUAUGCUAUGUCUCCUGCACUAGAGAUUACAAGGCCGUCAUAUUAAUUCGCCCCCUAAUAGGGCCGGAUCGUGAAUUUGGCUAUCCAUUUGUCAUCUUUGCAAGCCUCAACCACAAAGAGUGGCGACCAGUGCAGUUCCCUUAUAACUUGAAUUCUGCUAAUGGCAAUGUGGAGUUUCGCAAUACAUUUUACUGGUGGGCAAGUGACAUCAAAGAUUGGGAUUAUGAUUGUGAUUUCAUCUCGGGAGGCGAUAGGAAUAGGAUCCUGUAUUUUGAUCCUGUGUGUGAUGAAUUUAGAGUCUUACCCACCCCCGAACUGAGACAAAAUGUCUCCAUAGUUGGGUUGGGGGUUAUAGAUGACUGUUUAUCCAUGGCAUGCAUGUUUUACACACAAGAAAAAUUAAAAACGAUGCAAAUAUUAAUCAUGAAGGAAUAUGGCAUACAAGAAUCAUGGAUGACUGCAUUUGCUAUCCAAAUGCCUCAAUAUCCACAAACGACUCGAUAUCCACAUUAUUGUGAGGGUUAUGGCAUAACAUUCUAUUCUCAGAGAAACAAUGCAGAAGAAGUAUUAUUCAUGCGUACCUUGUGUUGCUUCUGGGGGCAAGUAUAUGUUUAUGAUCGAAAAAAAGAUGAACUGAGGGAAGUGCUAAUGGAUUUCCUAAAGGACGACUCAGGUCGUAUACGCUGUCUUUGUUUGUGUUUCUAUGUUGAGAGUCUUGCUUCCUUGCCCUGCAGCCACAUAUGA